CACGAAUAAUUAUUGAGGUUGGAGUCUUCGUUCAGUCCCUUGCUAUGGCUCCAGAUAGACCGAGAUGUAUCAUGCAACAAACUCGCGGGCGCGGCUUUUCCUAUGAUGCUCAGGGGCUAUAGACCCAACACCACUGACUCCUCACAAUGCCACGAAGACCUGUCAGCCUUCAAAGCGGCGACAGCACAAAUCUUAGACCAGAGCCUCGGCUACUGAAGGCCGUCGAGAGGAACGACGUGCGACAAGUCCAAGAUGUGAUCGAGGAUGUUCAGAAUGAACGCCACUUUGGCACAACCCUCCUAUCGGUUGGCCUGGUUCGAGCCUGCGACAAAGGACUUGUCGAUGUCGCCAGAUAUCUAUUGAUCCGGGGAGCUGAUCCGGACUAUGCCACUGGGAAUAAACCUCCAGCAUUGCUUAGAGCCGCCGAGCAUGGACAAGCAGAACUCAUCGAGGUUUUGAUCGAUCAUCGUGCCAACCUGGAAGCCAAGGACAAAAAGGGCCGCACUGCUCUGAUGACUGCAGCGUGGAAAGGUCAUGGCACCAUCGUGGAGCUUCUCGUAUCUCGUGGCGCCCACGUCGAUACUCUGGACAAGCGGCGUCGAAACGUGUUACAUAACCUUGCGGCAGAUCAGGGCGACAAAAGACAUUUCACGAGUGCAUCAGACCGGCCGAAACGCAGAUGCGGCAUGGGCAUUGUGCACUAUCUACUUCAGGCCGGGGUCAAUAUCGAUGCUGAAGAUGAGCUUGGCCGUACAGCUGUUCAUUGGGCCUGUGUCACAGACCACGAAGACCUGCUCAGGAUCCUGCUGAAAACGCGCUUUGGUGGUGCCUCGCCUCAGGCCCGGGUCAACGCAACAGAUAUGCGUAUGAAAAGCCCCCUACAGCUGGCUGCGUCCAACAAUCGCGACAACCUGGCGCGAAUCUUGAUCGAGCAUGGAGCCGAUGUACACUCGAAAUCUGAUGGCGACUGGUCAGCUCUUCACAAUGCUUGUCAAUCUUCUUCUGGUGCUCUGGUACAGAGACUAGUCGCUGCUGGUGCGGACGUGAAUGGCCAACUCCUGAACGGUAGAACGCCUCUGCAUGUUGCUGCGGAAUUCGGCAACAUCGAUGCUGCUGAAUGCCUGCUGGGGACCUCGGGGACCAGGCGAUCGGUCAAAGAUCGCUUCGGGAACACUCCAUUACUCAUUGCGGCCCAGAAGGGCCAGAUAAAGAUCGUGGAGAUGCUCGCGCCUUGGAAUCACGUCAAAGAGCUCUCUGCGGACGAAGUGGAGGCAGCGCAACAGUUUAGUGCAACGAUUGUUGACUUUGACCACAAGGACUUCAAUCGAGUGCAGCGUCGAUCGGUGUAUGAAUUGCUGUAUGCUCGCAGCGCGAAGGAUCCCUCGAAACACUCAAUCAGUACAUUACCAGAAAUGACCAAAGCUACACAAUUCCGCUGGAUCCACUUACCAGCGAACAAUCUCACGUGGUGUGAUGCAUUGCUCACGAAACGUUUCAUCGAACAAGGAGCUACGGACGUGGAGGGAUACAAGGCUCUGGCGUCUGCUUUCAAUCAUCAGCAUCGGGGUCAGCAACACCAUUCACGUUUUAUGCGGCCCAUGUGCCAGGUGGUUCAGCGAUUGGAGGCAGACCUGGAAGAAUCUGGACCACCUGCAGUCGUCGUAGAGGAGCCAGCCAGCCUUUCGCCCUUUCCAGGCACUCCAACUAGGAACAAGAGCUUCGAGAAGCUCGAUAGAUCGAAGCUAGAGGCUUCUCAGAGCGAAGAGCCUGAUACCAUUGCUGGAGCACAACAUGCCAGGUCCAAGAAUAAGUCUCCCAAGCCCCAGCGACAGAGUACGACGGACACAAACUCGACAAUGGCUGCCUCUGAUGCAUCAGUCGACCCCCGGCUGAAUGGCCGACCUGGCAAACCACAAGCCCAGCGGCAAGAGACGACGUCGACGACAGCCACCGCGUCAACAAGUACGAAUAGAAAGACUGCCAAGGCUGCGACUGCGGCAGCGAAGACGUCGAAAGAGGCACGCAAGCCGUCAACGAGACAGUCGACCAAGAGUAGCGUAGGCAAGAGUGGCAGCACGCCUUUGAGAAGACUUCAAAGCUCGCGCAGCAUCUUCAUGUUCAUGCCGUACCUCCAUUUCGAGACAGACCGCCGGCGCCGCGAGAUGCAGAUGGCAAUGCAAAAUCCGCAAAGACACACGAUAGCUGCAGUGCCGGAUGAAGUGUUGAUCCGCGCGCAUCUCAGCAAGUCUGCCUCUUUCUUGCAUGUCCGACGCACACUCGACCAGUUCUUCUACCACAACAUUGAUACCAGUGUCCGCGAUAGUGACCAGGUGGUGUAUCGGUUCCAGGAGAAACAUCACAAAGACCAGGAAGGUGGACCGAAGAUAUUCAUGGUAGAUCAGCUCUGGCUCUGGAUUCUCGGCAAAGACUUGGUUGUGACGAGUUUCCCUCAGCGCUGGCGACAACCACGAAACGAUCCUCUCAAUGUUCUGGAAGGGAUUAUCGAGGAUAUCAACUCGAAGACGAGAGAGCCGGUGCAAGACGUGUAUGAGCUGGCCAUGACGAUCGCGGGAAGAUGCUUCGGCACGUUUGACAGACAUCGAAAGGGCGACGACGAGUUUCAAUUCCUUGACAUGUUCGAGAGCUCCAUCGGUGCUGCCAUGGACAACGAGGCGUCGCUGUUCCAAGGGUUCUCCAAGGCGAGUCGUCAAGCGUCGGACUGGUUGCAGAGUCAUCAAAAACCCAACAGGUUCUCCAAGCACCUCGAAGCCGACUCCAAAGCAUACGAACACACGGUCAAGAAACAUCCGGAUCGGUAUGAUGAUAUCGAUCCUACCGAUACGAAUCCAGCCUUCAUCAACCAGUUGCUAGACGUGGGCGCAGAGACUGAUUUACUUGCGGAAAUCAAAGAUAUUCGAGAUGAGCUCGACAUCAUCCGCAUGGUCCUAGAUCACCAGAAACAUCUCCUGCCCGAGUUCAAGGAUGCAGUCAAGGCCGUCUACCAAACCGAACGAUCACACAUGCGAGUCCGCAAGUGCGACAAAGCGUUUGAUGAACAGGAGAAAACCAUCUCCAAUCCCAUCAAGGACAUCAAUCGCAUGGAAGUACAAGCCAACCGCGUCUACGAAAGCAUCCGAUCUCUUCUCGACUUGAAGCAAAAGCACGCCAACGCCUUUGAAGCUCGAUUCGCACGCGAUUCCGCCGCGGGAACGCACCGCCAAGGCCAAACCAUCAUGGUCUUCACCAUCGUGACCAUCAUCUUCCUCCCGCUCUCCUUCAUCACCGCCUUUUUCGCCGUGAAUAUCGAACAAUUCCCCCAUCCGGGCGGUGUAGGCUCCAGCGCGGAAAUCCCCCUGGAAUAUGCUUCCGCGUACAUUUUCGGUAUUGGACUCGCCAUUUCUGUGCCCGCCAUCGCCGUGGCGCUCUCGGUGGAUCAGGUCAAUAAUACUUGGGUGCGAGCGCGGAUGUGGUGGAGGAGGAGGAAGCGAUCCAGAAGAACAACAGUAGAUGACAUGGAGGAGCUCCUUCAGAAAAGAGAGUCGGACGCGAGACAGAUGGAAAUGACGUUGUCGAUGGCUAAGAGCAUGAGACGAAGUGUGGACUUUUAUGCGUAUGGUAGCCACGGGAAAGUUUUGAGUCCGCCGCCGUUGGGGAGAGGAAGAAGUGAAGAAGGCGAUAAUAAUUAUUAUCUCAGGCGGAAGAGCAGACCUGAGAGACGUGUCGAGAUUGACCUGGAGCGUGGUAGAAAGAAUGCGAGGACGGAUCUCUUUUGAGGGAGCAUUUCACAUUUCUUUCUUUUUUUUUCUGCUUCUGUCCUUUUUUCUGUCCGUUUACCGAGAUCUUCCAGCAGUUCUGGCUCUCCGAAGAAAGAAAGAGAAAAGUUAAACACGCAGAUAUUGAGCACAUCAAACAAAU